AUGGAGCCAGCAGACGCUGCCGAGGGAGCCGUGCUCAUUACUGGAGGAGGGGGUUAUUUCGGCUGCCGUUUAGGUUGUGCCAUACACCAGAAGGGAGUUGAUGUGAUUCUCUUUGAUGUCGUGAAGCCACUUCAAGCCAUGCCAGAGGGAAUGAAGUUCGUGAAAGGGGAUGUCUGCUGCCUGUCUGAAGUGGCAGAGGCGCUUCCAGGUGUCAUCUGUGUAUUCCAUAUUGCUUCCUAUGGAAUGUCUGGCAGGGAGCAGCUCAACCGAAAACUUAUAGAAGAUGUUAAUGUGAAAGGAACAGAAAAUGUCAUCCAAGCCUGCAGGAGCACAGGAGUGUCGAGCCUGGUUUAUACAAGUACAUACAACGUGAUAUUUGGAGGCCAGAUUAUAGAAAACGGGGACGAAUCUCUGCCUUACCUACCUCUUCACCUGCAUCCAGAUCACUACUCCCGGACCAAGUCUUUAGCUGAAAUGAAGGUGUUGGAGGCAAAUGGUGCUGAGCUUGAAAAUGGGCAAGGUAUAUUACGGACUUGUGCUCUCCGACCAGCAGGCAUCUAUGGGCCUGGAGAACAAAGACAUCUUCCAAGAAUAGUUAGUUACAUUGAAAGGGGGCUGUUUAAAUUUGUAUAUGGAGAUCCCCUUAGUUUAGUAGAAUUUGUCCAUGUUGACAACCUAGUUCAGGCUCAUAUCCUUGCGUCUGAGGCCCUCAAAGCCAGCAGAAAGCACAUAGCUGCAGGCCAAGCCUAUUUUAUUUCUGAUGGCAGGCCUGUCAAUAACUUUGAAUUUUUCCGACCGUUAGUGGAAGGUUUGGGUUACAAGUUCCCAACCUGUCGCCUUCCACUCUCCCUGGUCUAUUUCUUUGCAUUCCUUACUGAAGUAGUUCAUUUUCUUGUAGGUCACAUUUACAAUUUUCAGCCUCUUCUCACUCGCACAGAGGUUUACAAAACUGGUGUCACACAUUAUUUUAGUAUGGAGAAAGCCAGAAAGGAGCUGGGCUAUGAGCCUCAGCAGUAUAGCCUGGACGAAGUGGUUGAGUGGUUUAGAUCUCAGGGUUGUGGACCAAAGCCAAGGAAAUACACCAUCAUGCAUCUUGUGAGGGAAGGAGGUUUGCUCUUGCUGCUGAUUGCUGUGAUGGUCUCAUGGUUUCCAUCUGCAGUUACAUUGUCACUCUGAAAGAUGAAACACUGAGUACAGAGCACUCUAUUUAGUUAUGUUGUCUGAGUACUCUUGGUUU